AUGCACUUUGCAAAAUUAACGAUCAUGUUAGCCUUCGCUUGCGGGGUUUUAAGCGCACAAGAAAACCAAUUUCUACGAUUUGAUUGUGGUCCCGAAAAAUCCAAAGGGGCAUGCAGGGUUCAAGAAGACCCCUCCAAGUCAUCAUUAACACUGAUUUCAAAGCCUGCAAGAGCAGUUGACACAAAACGUCGCAUAUAUGAGUGCCUUAAGGACGAAUACACAACUAUUUAUUGCUGUCCCCCGAAUGUUGUCAUAAAUAAAAGCACUAUAUUGCCUGACAUUGGUUGCGAUGUUGCCGCCCAUUGAGGUUGUCAUUCCAUCUCCAUUCUAUUUCGUGCCCACCAAUUUUAUCACCACCCCAAGAAAGAAGCGGUUACAGAAUCAAAAUGCCA